AUGACAACCUACACCAAUUACAUGAUCAUGGUCAUUCCUCAUGCGGUUAAAAGAGUCGAUCCAAAGUUAUUUAUUCAGUUGAAACAACUUCUAGAUUUUGGGACCACUUAUGAGUCUAUGUCAAAGUUGCCUGGUCGAACAGAUAAUGAGAUAAAGAAUUUUUGGAACGUAAGACGUAAGAAAUUGAAACGACUUGGUUUACCAGUUUACCCUGAUAAAGUUCGAAAGCAGGCGAUAAGUACAGCAUUACGAAAUGGUCUAAAGAUUGAUUUAUUGGAUGCUCAAGACUUGUUGAUGGUAGAUAACGUCGAGAAACCUGACGCGGCACUCAAUAACUUGCCACUCAAUCAAUGUUCUCCAUACUACCAGUCAAUGCUUGCCAAUGUUCAGCCUAGGGAACCAGAAACCACAUUUCCUUUCACAAAUGGGUAUGUCAUGAACGAGCAAAACCCUAACCUCUUGAAUUAUCUUUCCGUGGAUAGCACUCAAGAACAAUUACCUGACAGCCAUUUGUUUGGCAAUGCUACAUGUUCUUCUCCUCCUAUGCCUCUCAUUCACGGGGUUGGGAACUUGGAGCUCCCUUCAUUCCAAGGAUUUAAUGCUCAUGAAGAGCCUAGCAGUUUUGGAGCAGAACAAUAUAACCCAAUGAUGAAUCUUGAGUCACACAACACUUUGGUUCAGCCCCCUAUAGGCCAUUCACCAACAGAUUUCCCAUCAUCAUUCUAUGAUGAAUUGUUGGAAUCACUUGUUUAUGGUUCAGUAGGAGAAAUACCGAAGACCGAUACCAGCUCGGAGCUCCCACCCUUUCCGUCCUCUCUACUUAGCCAUACCGAGGUUACACCACCCAUUGCAAACACAAUUGAUUUGGGUUUUGUUGGUUCAACUUCUUCAGUUGAGAGAAACACAACAAAUGAUGACGAUUGGAUAAGAGAACUUCUCGAUGAUGAUACUUAUAACACCAUGUAGAAGAGGUAUCUUUGGAAGGUAUAAUGCAUAAAGGAUAUUUUUCUUG